AUGGGACAGGUGUUUGAAGAGUGGCAACAUGAGUAUGCGAAUGAACAGGUUUCUGACCUAAACAGAGACAUGGUGAGAACACGAGCGGAUCGGAUCCGGGCUGCCAUGUUUCCCGAAACUCUUGACGACGGAUCGAGCUUUGUUUCGACUCAGUACGAAACUGGAGAGGCCACCUGUGUUCAAAAGCUUGCCCAGCCGAGCCAACUGCUCAAGGAGGCCAUUGUCAUGCUGAUCCACUACAAGGAUGAUGUCGAUGUAACCGCCAUUGCCAUUCCGGAACUAAUUAAGCUGUUGCAAGAUCCUGACCGCGGCGUCGCUCGACAAGCAGCUGGCACCGUUUUCCAACUUGCGAAAAAAGAAGCCCCGCGACAUGCGCUCAUUGAAAGUCCCGAUCUCAUCCCCGCCAUCGUCAAGGUCCUCACGACCAACGACGACCCUGAAACCGUCAAGGCCUUGGCUGGUACUUUGACAGCGAUUUCUGGAUCGAAAAAGGGUCUCUUGUCGAUUUUCCGAUCCGGUGGAAUUCCCGCUCUUGUCAAGAUGCUCUCUUCGCCCGUCGAAAAAGUGGUCCAUUACUCCCUCACCACACUCCACAACAUCCUCCAACACCAGGGAGACGACGCCAAACGAGCCGUCCGAUUGGCUGGUGGAGUCCAAAAGAUGGUCGAUUUGCUCUCAAAGGACAAUGCUCCACUUCGAAUGCUCGCUCUUUUAACUGAUUGCUUGGAAAUGCUCUCCUUUCAGCACCAAGAAUCGAAGCUCAUUAUCGUCUCAAAGCACGGAACCCAGCAGCUUAUUCGCAUUCUCCAGCACAAUGCCGAUUAUGAAAAGCUUCUAUUUACCACGUGUCGUUUGUUGAAGGUCCUUUCUGUCGAGACCUCGAAUAAACAAGUGAUUAUCGAGUGCAAUGGAAUGAACAUUCUCGGCGCAAUGUUGGAUAAUCCAUCCAACAGAGUCGUUAUGAACUGUCUCUGGACGCUUCGAAAUCUCUCUGAUCAAGCGACCAAGGAAGAAGGAUUGGAUGAUUUGCUCCAGCGAUCUGUUCGGCUUUUGGAAUCGAACGAUGUCGGAAUCGUCAUGUGCUGCGUUGGAAUCCUCUCAAACUUGACCUGCAACAAUGCGAGAAACAAAGCCCUCGUUUGCCACUUUGGCGGUGUCCAGGCGCUUGUUCAAACGAUGCUCCAAGCUGUCGAGCGGGAUGACAUCACCGAACCGGCCAUUUGCGCGCUGCGACAUUUGACAUCGCGACAUGAGCAAGCAAAGGCGGCACAGGAAGCUGUUCGACAUGGAAUUCCAACGCUCGUGAAGCUCCUUGGCCCUGACUCUCACUACCCACUCGUCAAGGCAGUUAUUGGCCUCUGCCGAAACUUGGGCAUCGGAUCUGCAAACCAGCAAUAUCUUCGUGACGCAGGAGCGAUUCCGAAAUUGAUUGAGCUGCUUUUCCGAGCGGACGGGGAGAUGUCCCGCGGCUACCGAGAUGACGACGAAGAUGGAGUUGUCCCGGAAGAUGUAGCGGAAGGUUCCACUGGCGCACUUCACGUCUUGGCGCGAGAUCCAAUGAAUCGACAGCUCAUCCGACAAUCCAAUGUGAUUCCAACUGUUGUUCGAUUCCUGUCUUCUCCGAAUGGGAAUAUGCAGCGAAGCGCAGCUGGUCUUUUGUGCGAACUCGCAACUGAUAAGGAAGCUGCCGACCAAAUCGAAGCUCAAAACGCCACUGUUAUCCUCCAACCCCUCCUUCACUCUGCAAACGAGUGCGUCGCCACCUAUGCCGCUGCCACGAUGUACCGAAUGUCUGAAGAUAAGCCCCACGAUAUCCGUAAACGACUCUCCCAGGAGCUGACAAACUCGCUCUUCCGACCAGAGGAUUUGGACGAUCACUACAACAACGACGAGGCUAUUUUCCGCACAACACGUCCCAUUUUCGGAAUGGUUGACGCCCAGAAAGCUGCAGAAAAAGCCGUCAAAGCCGCUGGAGAAGAAUAUGAAAAGCAAAUGAAAGAAUAUCAAAUUGCUGUGGAGAAGCAAAAAGAGGCAGAGAGAAAUAUUGAUGAAGAAAUUGCAAGACUUGAAGCUGCGAAGAACAAGCCUAAGGCUUCAGGGACGGUUCAAAUGAAGAAAAAGGGAUCUCAAGUUACUCCAAAACCAGAAAGUGGGAUCGAAAACACCUCGUUCGUGCGCGAGUCCCCCAGCCGAAUGAGCAAAGCUUCCCUCCCUCAAACUCUCCGAGCAUCGACUCAUGCAUCCGCUCGUGCUUCCGGAAGAUCAUCAGCAGUUCCCAAGCCUAGAAGCUCUCCGCCAGAAAAACAAGCGAAGAUGGAAAUUGAUGAGAACCUAAAUAGCACCACAAACAAUUCAAAGCACAUCACAGUUUUCACUGAAGCUGAUAUUGAAAUGAUUUCUAUUGCUGCUCAGAAAUCCGAGGUGACGACCUACCACGACGAAGGAACAUCCCUCCUCCCCUCUGAGCACCGAUCUCCAACCGCGAUGACCCAAAUGUCGCGCUCUGGCCACCAAACUCCCGACCAACAACUCAACGGCUGGCACGAUACUGACAUCUAA